AUGGGUAAUAAAGUCUCUCAACAACGUAAAUUACAAGCUACACCAAUUAAUAUAAUGCAAUUUGAUCCUCCUAUACAGUUUGAAGUUGAUAUGGAUGGAAUUGAUACAUUGGAUAAAAACUCUGAAAACUCUACUUCUUCUUCUACUAGACAAUAUCAUUUGAAUAAAUCUUCAAGUGAUCUUGAUAGUUUUAUUCCUUCAAAUAAUGCACGUAACCGAAUGACUUCAUUUAACUCUUCUGGACAAACUUUUGAUCAUAUUCAUCCCCGAAAUAAAUUAAAACGUUUUCAAAGUUGUGUGUUUCAAGAGUCAAAAGAUUUAAUUAGAAAAGAUAAGAAAUUAAAACGAAUACUUCCUAGUAAUAGAACUGAUCCAAUUUUUAUUGCUUUAGAAGGAUGUCCUAAAUCAGAUAAUUACUCUUUUUCUUCUUCUCUUACAUUUCCUAUGACAAAUCCUAUCUCAUCUCCAAUCGUAAAAAAUACUUUUGGAGCUGCAAAAAUUAAUGAAUUAAAAAGUUGGACUGGAAAAAGAGACUCUCAUAUUAUUUAUUCUUCUAAUUCAGAUGAAUUGUCUUCAAGAGAACUUAAUGCUAAGAUUUGUGGAAAAGAAAAUAUUAUGCUUCUUGUCAUAACAGAAUCUGGAGAUAUUUUCGGUUGUUAUGAUCAAACAUUAAUCCCAUAUAUAAAUACUCAUAGAACUGUUAUAAAAAGUGAAGAAUUCAUUUUAUUCGUUUUUGACAGUUAUGGAAAUACUGCUUUAUUACAAAAAACUUCAUUAGGUCAUUGUAAUGAUAACAACCCUCUUGUUUUAUUUGAUUGUUCUGAAGAUUUCCAUGUUUUUGAAAUUGAUAAUGCUUUUACUUUAGAAACAAAUGGUUACAUUCAUGUUCAAGAUGAUAUUUUUGAAAAUUAUGAUUUGAUUAAUGGAACAAUUCAAUACCCACAACAAUAUUUUACUAUGGAUUUAAAAAUUAACCAUCUUAUUGCUCUUCAGUGGAUUUAA